GAGAAGAAAAAAGACAAAGAACAUCAUCAUCAUCACCUUUUCGCUGACACCAUCAUGAAGACUUCUUGCUUCACUCUGGGGCUGCUGCUGCUGCUCACCGUCUGCCAAGCCAUGCCUAAAGCACUGCAGUACAACACAGCACCUGCGGACUGCUGCUUCAACUUUUAUACACGUAGUUUACCAUUAAAGUUCGUAAUCAGCAUAACCAAGAGCCACAGCUCCUGUCCAAAGCAGGCGUUCAUAGUCCACACUGUUAGAGGGAAACAGAUCUGCUACAGCCAGACUUUCCAGUGGGUUCUAGAUGUCUACAAUCAGCUCCAUGACAAUAAAAGCAGCGGUCAGCAGCACUGAGGACGUAUCAUUGUAUAAUACGUACUAUUAUAUGAAUGCCUGGUUCUGCAGACAUGAAGGCAUACAU